UUGAUUUUCUUCUAUGCUUUUGUAGGCAUUCGGCAACGAAAGUGCUAUUCUAGAACUCUGACACAGUAGGCCUCGGAAAACCGGUUCUCUUUGUACCCGUUCUACCUCGUUUACGAUGUUCAUACGCUUUGUAUGAACGCUAAGAAUAAUAAUUUUUAUAUAUAUUAUAUAAGAGCAAGAGAAAUAUAGAAAAAAAAAAAAAGAAAAUUAGAGAGAGAGAGGAGGAGGAGGAAGGAGGAGGAGGAGGAGAGAUCAAAAAAAAGGGCGAAGAAGGAGAAGAAGAGGGAAAUGGCGAACGAUGACGACGCCGCCGCCGCCGCCGCCGCGACGGAGACGACGAGGGACGAAGAGUCGCCGACCGACCACAAAACCCUCCUCAAAAGCCACGCUCUCUUUCAGUACAUAUUGAACACAAGUGUGUACCCCCGCGAGGCACCGUGGAUGAAAGAGCUCCGCCGCAUCACAGCGAAGCACCCCUGGGGUGGCAUGGCCUCGACGCCCGAUGAGGUCCAGCUCAUCAGCAUGUUGCUGAAGCUGAUGAAUGCGAAGAAGGCGAUGGAGAUCGGUGUCUUCACCGGCUACUCCCUCCUCGCCACCGCCCUCGCCCUCCCUGAUGAUGGGCAGAUACUGGCAUUGGAUAUCAACCGGCAGAACUACUCGCUGGGCCUUCCGGUGAUUCAGAAGGCUGGAGUGGCCCACAAAAUCGACUUCCGCGAAGGCCCCGCCAUGCCUAUUCUUGACCAACUGGUGUCGAAGGAGGAGAACAAGGGGACAUUUGAUUUUGUGUUUGUGGACGCCGAUAAAGAUAACUACAUUCAUUACCACGAGAGGAUUCUGCAGCUGGUGAGGGUGGGAGGAGUCGUCGCGUACGACAAUACCCUGUGGUGCGGAUCGGUGGCACCUUCGCCAGAGGACGAGCCUCUGCCUCCAGAAGCUCUGGUGUAUACGGAGACCAUGAUAAAUCUUAACAGGGCGCUAGCCGCUGACCCCCGCAUUGAACUAUCCCAGCUUUCGAUCGCGGAUGGGCUUACUCUCUGCCGCCGUCUCUAUUGAUGAUGGUUCUCUUUUUUUUUUCUUUAGAUGGUUGGUUUAAAUUUCGUCUCUCUUAUCUUUAGACGCUUAGUUUUGUGAUUGAACUCUGUUUUAGUGAUGAUGAUGGUAUCUGUGCUUGUCAAUAAUGUCUCUUAUCUAUGCUUUAAGUUGAUUAUAAGAUCAAUGACAUUAUGUCUCUUAUCUA